AUGGACCUCUGGUUUCCACUCCUCCCCGAUGUUCCGCCGGCGGAUAGCCCAAAUUCAUGUUCAAGUCCAGCGGAAUACGACAUCGUCUCAACAACAACUCACAUCCUCCAUACCGCCCUCGUCCUCCGCGCCAACACACCAUACCAACAGCACCACCACCAUGCACAUCAUGCAGCGCCCUGCCCUCGAGAUCGUUCCGCCGAGAUCCGCUCUCCCUCGCCCGCUCCGCAGUGGCGGAACUCCUCCUCCUCCUCCGCCUCCACCGCCUUCGUCGUCUGCUUGAAGCGGCAGCAAGUGUAUUGUAGUCCACAAGAGCUGAAGCGAAGAGCUCCUCGACCAUGA